UAAGCUUAGAGAGGUUUUACGUGACGGUUGGGAAACGUUUCUAUUACAGGUUUGUGAAGGGAAGAACGCUAAAGAACUCACUUACUUUUAUUUAUUUAUUUUUUAAUAACGUCUGCUAGGAGUGGGCGUAUUUGGCCGUGACCGCACAGCGGAUAAUGUGACAGCUCCGUUCGCCAGGAAUGUAAACGCACACCGCCGUCAACAUGGCCUCGGUGUCCACGCUCCGAGCGGCUCUGCUUGUGUCUUUCUCCGUGUUGCUCACGCUGUUGCUGGGCUUUGGACUCCCCGCACUGCUGAACUCCGUGAUGAGAAUGUUCGGUUUACCGGAGAGCAGCGUCACCGAGUGCAUAGUCGUGCUCUAUUUGGUGUUUGUGCUGUCUGUCGCGACGCCAAGAAUUUCCAGAGGAUUUGUGGAGGUGAACGGGAAAGCUGUGUUUAUUACAGGCUGCGACGGUGGGUUUGGACAUGCACUCGCCAAACAUUUGCACAGUCUGGGCUUCACCGUCUUCGCUGGGUGUCUUUUAAAGGACGAAGGUGGAGAAGGUGCAAAGGAGCUGGAAGAGUUUCAUUCAGAUCGAAUGAAGGUGGUGCAGCUGGACGUCCGCAGCGAGGAACAGGUGAACCAGGCCGUCGAAUAUGUCCAAGAAAACCUCCAGAACUCUGAAAGAGGUCUGUGGGCUGUGGUGAACAACGCCGGCGUGUCGACCUUCGGGGAAGUGGAGUUCACCUCCCUGGACACCUACAAGCAGGUGUCAGAGGUCAACCUGUGGGGCACCAUCAGGGUCACCAAAGCUGUGCUGCCGUUAAUCCGCAGAGCCAAAGGUCGCGUCGUGAACAUGGUGAGCUUGUACGGGAGGAUGGGAAACGUGAUGCGCUCGGCUUACUGCGUGUCCAAAUACGGCUUGGAAGCUUUCUCCGACUGCCUGCGCUACGAGAUGAAGACCUGGGGAGUGAAGGUGUCCAUCAUCGAGCCGGGAAACUUCAUCAUGGCCACAGGCAUCAUGACGCGCGAAUUUGUGGCCAGCGAGACCAACAAGCUGUGGAACGAGGCGCCCGCGUCUGUGAAGGAGGAUUAUGGGAAAGCGCACUUUGAGCAUCACAUGGCUCAGAUGCGCUCUUUCUGCAACAGCGGCAGUAAGGACGUGGGCCCCGUUCUGGACGACAUCACCGACGCUAUUAUGUCCAAACGCCCUUACACGCGCUACAACUCCACAGAGCCACACUGGUGGAUCAGAGCGCAACUGAUGACCCACCUGCCCGCCGCCAUAUCUGACCUGCUCUACUUCUAAAAACGAAGAUUCUUCUUUUCCACACUGUCUUUUUAACAGGACGAAAUCUCUGACAGAACCAGACACAAAGAUGUGCGGCCAUCUGCCUCGACCGGUUGCGGUGAAAGGAAAAAUGAGGGGGAGAAAGUGAAAGACAGAAAAAAAAGAGACAAGAAGCAGAUACAUGUAUAGA